AUGGGUGUCCUACACAUACAACAGCUGUACACCUACCCGAUAAAAUCCCUCCGAGGCAUCUCACUACCAACCAUCACCGCAACAUCCACCGGUUUCCUCCACGACCGCCAGUUCAUGCUAUGGGAUGUCACAAAAUCAGAAACCAUGCAUAUCGGUCUUCGACCGGCAAUGUGCCUUUUCAUUACCAAAUUCGAUAGCCCACGAGAGCCGAACGCAGUCGAAGUCACGUACGGUUUGGAACACACAUAUGACAAACCCGGGGAACCAGUAGAUAAUAGUUCUCUGUCUGUACCUUUGCGUCCCGAUCCGAGUGGCUUGGAGAAAAUGGAGAUCACAAUGCACAAGAGCUGUACCCUGGCAUACGACAUGGGCGAACCAUAUAACGAGUGGUUUACCAAGCGGUUUGGGUACGCGGUCAAGCUGUUGUAUAUUGGGGAGAAUCGGAGGAAGGUGUUGGGCAAUCUUCCGCCAAAACAGGUAUCGAAAGUAUUUCUGCCAUGUUUUCCAACCGCCACAGGACUUGCUUUUGUCCUAUUAGGUGUUUAUCUGGCAUUAUCUCUCAAGUCCAUGCCCACACUGUCAACCCUCGCGCUCGGACUCCCCAUUCUAUGCUCCCUUAUAUGUUUCCUCGCCGCCAAAAGAAGCCAGGCAUCAGCCUGCCACGGAAUCACAUUUGCAGAUCUAGCCCCUUUCCUUGUCAUUUCAGCCACCAGCCACCAGAACGUUCAAGCACGACUCCCUGAUGACGAAAUCCUAGACAUCACCAAAUUCCGGCCAAAUGUUGUGGUCGCUGGUGCAGCUGAGCCAUUUGAAGAGGAUUUCUGGUCUGAGCUGCAAAUUGGUGAGGAUAUCAGAAUGGAAUUGACGCAGAACUGUGCGCGAUGCAGUAGCCUUAACGUUGAUUACGCUACGGGCAAAAUUGCGCCUGGGGAGGCAGGAAAAGUGCUCAAAAUCCUGAGCAAAUAUCGGAGGGUGGAUCCGGGGACGAAAUGGAGUCCCGUGUUUGGGAGAUAUGGAUUUCUACUGGGUACAAAGAGCACCUUUGAUGUUGCUACUAUGACUGAAGGGGAUGAGAUUAGGAUACUGAAGAGAAAUCAAGAAAGGACAGUUAUGGUUGCUACAAUAAAGACGAUAAAUCUCCCAAAAAUGGAGGCCCCGCACUCGGCUGUUGCCCAACUCACCGAGGAUGCUCAUAGUGAGAGCAUGGGCUCCCAGAAUUCCCAGACCGCGGAAGAAUUCAUUGAGUCCCAGCUCCAACUAGAGGCAGAUGCGCGCGAGGCUCUUCCUUAUGCUUUUGACUCUUGCACAUAUGACCUCGGACCACUGCGACAAGUCCUGUUCGCAUGCCUCACCUGCAAUCCUCCUCCUACCGACUCCAACGAAUCCUACACUGCCGCUGCCGUCUGUUACUCGUGCUCGAUCGCUUGUCACGGCGAGCAUACUCUAGUUGAGCUCUUCAACAAGCGCAACUUUGUCUGCGAUUGUGGAACUACCCGUUUACCAUCGUCUUCUUGCUGUACCCUCCGUGAAGAUCCCGCAACCGGCAAGAAAGGUGUGCACUCCCAAGAGGCUGCGGCAGGCAACAGAUACAACCAUAACUUCCGUAAUCAGUUCUGUGGCUGCGGCGAACAGUAUGAUGCAUAUUCAGAGAAGGGGACAAUGUACCAGUGCCUGGGGCUUGGUACCGUCGAGACUGGAGGCUGUGGUGAGGACUGGUGGCACCCGGAGUGUCUCAUCGGCUUGUCGCGUGAUUGGAACAAGGCUGCCCCCAAGGCCAAUGGACUCGGUGGCGGUGAUGCCACUAAUGAAACUUCAGUUGAGGACGAAGAAGAUAUGCUCCCGCCUGGGUUUCCCGCAGAGGAUGAUUUCGACCAUCUGAUCUGCUUCAAAUGCAUCGACUCUAACCCCUGGAUCAAGCCAUAUGCGGGCACUCCCGGAUUCUUGCCGCCAGUUUUCCGAGAAGGUGGGCUCAAGAAGACCUCAAAUGUGACUAAGCACCUCUCCGCUGAGCCCAAGGAGAUCGAACACAAGGAUCAAGAGAAGACUGCACACUCAAAAAAGCGCAAGGCAGAUGACGAAGGGCACACUGGAGGAGAGCCUGUCACCAAGCGUACUAAAGAAGAAGAAGCUUCUGUCGAGGGGCAGCCAUCAAAGGUCAUGAAGGAAGAGGAGCCUACCAAGGAGGAAAACGAUACUCCGACAAAGCCAUCCGCCCCCAAGCACACCGAGCUCCCCAAGUCCACUCCAAUGGAAUCAUUCUCCCUCUUUGCCUUGGAAGAUUUCCAUGGUCAGCUGUGCCGCUGUGCCGACUGCUUCCCCAAGCUUGUUCCCCACCCCCAGCUUCGCGAAGAAGAAGAUACCUAUGAGCCUCCCAUGUCUGACGACGGCCAGGCUGAUGGUGCUGCAAGUGUGGGUACAGGCAGCAUCUACGAUCGGGGCGAGGCGGCACUAAACAACAUGGAUCGGGUGCGCGCCAUCGAGGGCGCAAUGGCAUACAACCAUCUGCGUGACAAACUCAAGGUGUUCCUGCAGCCCUUCGCUGAGAGCGGACAGGCUGUCAGUGCGGAUGAUAUCAAGGGCUACUUUGAAGCGCUGCGCGGUGAUGAGCAGGGCAUAAAAGAUGCCGCUAAUCACGCUUCUACAGUGGGUGGUGACAGCAAGGAUGAUACCAGCGGAGACAAGCGACAUGAACAGAACGGGUACUGA